AAUGUAUACAUCCGGUGAAACAUCUGUUUCUGUCUGAUGGGACUGGCUCAGUGCGUAUCCUCUUAGGAACAUGGCCUAUGAUUAGUUAAUGCUGGUGCUUAACCCGAUGACAGACUCAAAACUGUUUUGCUACAUGAGAAGGUACAAGAAAAAGGAGUUCAAACUUGGCAAGGUGGUUAGCUAGCUAGCUACGGUAGAUCGAGAGGGGGUGUCGCUUGCUGUAGAAAAGGAAAACAACAUGGCGGCAUUGGAGCUCGAAUGGAUCCCAGAGACUCUGUACAACACUGCUAUAUCAGCAGUGGUGGACAAUUACAGUCGAUCGCGAAGGGAUAUUCGUUGCAUCCCUGAGAAUAUUCAAUUUGAUGUGUAUUACAAGCUGUACCAGCAGGGUCGGCUCUGCCAACUGGGGGGAGAGUUUUGUGAACUGGAGGUGUUUGCCAAAGUUCUACGGGCAUCUGAUAAAAGACACCUCCUGCACCACUGCUUCCAAGCCCUGAUGGAUCAUGGGGUGAAAGUCGCCUCCGUCCUGGCCAGCUCCUUCAGCCGUCGCUGCUCCUACAUUGCAGAGUCUGAUGCCCAUGUGAAAGUGAAGGCCAUUCACUUUGGCUUUGUUUUAGGUGGCUUUCUGUCUGACGCAGGCUGGUAUGGUGAUGCAGAGAAUGUGUUUCUGGCGUGUCUGCAGCUGUGCACACUGCAUGAUGAGGUUCUGCACUGGUACCGUGCUGUGGAGUGCUGUGUCAGGUUGCUUCAUGUCCGGAAUGGCAACUGCAAGUACCAUCUUGGUGAAGAGACUGUCAAGUUGGCCCAGCUGUACAUGGACAAACUGGCCAAACAUGGUCAUCAGGCCAACAAAGCUGCACUCUAUGGAGAGCUGUGUGCUCUGCUCUUUGCUAAGAGCCUUUAUGAUGAGGCCUACAGGUGGUGCAUAGAGGCAAUGAAAGAGAUCACAGUGGGUUUGCCUGUUAAGGUUGUGGUAGAUGUCCUAAGACAGGCUUCCAAGGCCUGUGUAGUAAAGAGGGAGUUCAGGAAGGCAGAGCAUCUGAUAAAGCAUGCUGUUUUCCUGGCACGUGAGCAUUUUGGACACAAGCAUCCCAAGUAUUCAGACACUCUCCUUGAUUAUGGUUUUUAUUUGCUGAAUGUGGAUAACAUCUGCCAAUCAGUUGCAAUAUACCAGACGGCUCUAGAUAUCCGGCAGUCGGUUUUCGGGGGAAAGAAUAUCCAUGUGGCCACAGCACACGAGGACCUGGCAUACUCCUCCUAUGUGCAUCUGUACAGCUCUGGCAAAUUUGACAAUGCACUAUUCCAUGCAGAGCGGGCCAUAGACAUUAUCACUCACAUUCUCCCGGAGGAUCAUCUGCUGCUGGCCUCCUCCAAAAGAGUCAAAGCUCUGAUCCUGGAGGAGAUUGCUAUUGACUGCCACAACAAGGAGACAGAGGAGAGGCUGCUCCAGGAUGCCCAUGACCUCCACCUCUCCUCUCUCCAGCUGGCCAAGAAAGCCUUUGGGGAGUUCAAUGUUCAGACAGCGAAGCACUAUGGCAACCUGGGCCGCCUCUACCAGUCCAUGAGGAAGUUCAAGGAGGCAGAGGAGAUGCACAUCAAGGCCAUCCAGAUCAAGGAGCAGCUUCUGGGUCAGGAGGACUAUGAGGUGGCUCUGUCUGUGGGCCACCUAGCCUCUCUCUACAACUACGACAUGAACCAGUAUGAAGAUGCAGAGAGGCUUUACCUGCGCUCCAUUGCUAUCGGUAAGAAGCUGUUUGGGGAGGGCUACAGUGGACUGGAAUACGACUACAGGGGCCUAAUUAAACUUUACAACUCUGUGGGGAACUAUGAGAAAGUCUUUGAGUACCACAAUAUUUUAUCCAAUUGGAACCGGCUGAGGGACCGGCAGUUUGCUGUGGCUGAUGCCUUAGAGGACGUAAACACCAGCCCCCAGGCCACCGGGGAGGUAGUGCAGUCCUUCCUACUGUCACAGAACAAUGGGGCUGGCCCACCUGCUUAGGCUCACCACACAGACACACACAUGCCCACAUACUGAUAGAAACGCUAAAGGUGUUCAUGGCUCACUUACAUUUGUUGAACACACCCUCUCCACAUCAAGCUAUAUGGUUGGCUAUGGGAAAAUGCACUAUCGCCUGUGGAAUGCAUAUAAUCUAGUGUUUUUGUCCUCACUUUUGCGCCCAUGGGGGCAUUCUCCUGUGAUCAAACCGGUACUGAACAUUUGAUGGAAGGAACCUCUUGCCAUCCACUUCGCAUCAUCUAACAUCGCUUUCAUCACCUUCAGUCUUCUGUAAGAGGAAUUGAGAAAAGGGGGAAAAAUAAAACAACGACAUCAUAGUGUGUUCUAGCUCUAGAAUAGGAAUUGGUUUGUUUUCUGCUUCCUUUUUGGUCAGCGCUUGCCCUUUGUUGACCAUUGGGAUGUCCCCUACAAGCAUGGAUGGAGCACCUUUUUACUUUGGCCAAUUAUAAAGAGCAAGUUACUUUUUCUGGCUGGAAUCCUUAUUUUAUUGUUCUAAUGUCAUGAGGGAGUUUACAAAAUCUUCAGUUUCCUUUUUGCAACACCUGUUUUUGUCUCCAUCUAAAGGCGCUGUCUUUAUGCUUGUGCUUAAAGGUUGUCCGUGAUUUGAUGAAUUUGAAAUGCACCAGUGUGUGUAUUAAAUUUGACCACAAUUGUGCUCAGUAGAUUUGUUGUUGUUGCACUUACGUGUAGUUUAUUUGAAAGUGUACGUGGGUACUUUUUUUUUUAGGAAUUAAAAUGACAAGUAUUUCUAAAGAAUUUCAUAUAGCUAAACCAAAAACAGGUGAGCUUAAACCUGCUAUUCAGAUGACUCCCUCCCUGUGUUCCAGUGCAAACGCCCAGACGGAGGUCCUCUAGCAUCGUCCCCAGGCUAUUGUGCAUAUAAGCCUGGUACAUCGAUUCAAAGUUGGCCUUAGUGGGAGUGACCGUACGGAGUAAAGUAUUUGUCAUUUAAUUUUAGCCAAUCACACAACUGCGAGGCAUGGCUCUGUGCUUGUGGUAUGCUAGCGUACGGGGGAGGGUUAGGGGGAAGGUUGUGGGAGAUGAUUGGUUGUUAGAUUAAGCCUAUGCUUCAGGAGUUUCUCCCGGGCAUUCUGUACUGGCUAACGAAGGUCAAGUUUGACCCGUUGGUCUACCAGACUCUUCGGGCAUUUGGGCUGAAGUGUCUGGGAAGGAGAUUAGGGGUCCUCAAACACACCAUUAACAAUAUAAUAGGCCUUGUGUUUUCAUUUUAGAAACCAUUUGCCUAGUGAAGGAUUACCUAUUCCAAAGUAAUGUAGUAAGUACCCCAUUGUGUGUGGACUAGGUCAAUGGAAAUUAAUUGCCUUGUUUUUGAACAAAUGCAUGUCUGUCUAAUGGAUGUUAUUGUUACAUGUGCUGUUAUGUUUCAACUGAAGUCCAAGCCUUCGCCUUAAAGGACAAUCAGCCAAAGGUGCUCUUGUUCUGGUUCUUAGCAUGCUUGUUUUACAAAUACCCACACUGGAGAGAGACAGGAAGGUCAUAUGUUUGACCUGACACACUACCGUUCAAAAGUUUGGGGUCACUUAGAAAUGUCCUUGUUUUUGAAAGAAAAGCACAAAAAAAUGUCAGUUAAAAUGACAUCAAUAUUGAUCAGAAAUAGUGUCGACAUUGUCAAUGUUGUAAAUUACUAUUGUAGCGGGAAACGACUGAUUUUUAAUGGAAUAUCUACAUAGGCGUACAGAGGCCCAUUAUCAGCAACCAUCACUCCUGUGUUCCAAUGGCACGUUGUGUUAACUCAUCCAUGUUGAUCAUUUUAAAAGGUUAAUUGAUCAUUAGAAAACCCUUUUGCAAUUAUGUUAGUACAGCUAAAAACUUGUUUCAACAGUGAAGAGGCGACUCUGGGAUGCUGGCCUUCUAGGCAGAGUUCCUCUGUCCAGUGUCUGUGUUCUUUUGCCCAUCUUAAUCUUUUCUUUUUAUUGGCCAAUCUGAGAUAAGGCUUUUUCUUUGCAACUCGGCAUCCCGGAGUUGCCUCUUCACUGUUGACGUUGAGACUGGUGUUUUGCGGGUACUAUUUAAUGAAGCUGCCAGUUGAGGACUUGUGAGGUGUCUGAUUCUCAAACUAGCCACUCUAAUGUACUUGUCCUCUUGCUCAGUUGUGCACUGGGGCCUCGCACUCCUCUUUCUAUUCUGGUUAGAACCAGUUUGCGCUGUUCAGUUUCUUGGCAAUGUCUCCCAUGGAAUAGUCUUUUCAGAAUAAGAAUAGACUGACGAGUUUCAGAAGAAAAGUCUUUGUUUCUGGACAUUUCGAGUCUGUAAUCAAACCCACAAAUGCUGACGCUCCAGAUACUCAACUAGUCUAAAGAAGGCCAGUUUUAUUGCUUCUCUAAUCAGAACAACAGUUUUCAGCUGUGCUAACAUAAUUGCAAAAGGGUUUUCUAACACAGGAGUGAUGGUUGCUGAUAAUGGGCCUCUGUAUGCCUAUGUAGAUAUUCCAUUAAAAAUCUGCCGUUUACAGCUACAAUAGUCAUUUACAACAUUAACAAUGUCUACACUGUAUUUCUGAUCAAUUUGAUGGUAUUUUAAUGGACAAAAAUUGUGCUUUUCUUUCAAAAGCAAGGACUUUUCUAAGUGACCCCAUACUUGUGAACGGUAGUGUAUACACUAUAUAUACAAAGUAUGUGGACACCCCUUCAAAUUAGGGAAUUCAGUUAUUUUAUGUAUAAAAUCGAGCACACUGCCAUGCAAUCUCCGUAGACAAACAUUGGAAAUAGAAUGGCCUGUACUAAGAGCUCAGUGACUUUCAACUUGGCACCGUCAUAGGAUGCCACGUUUCCAACAAGUCAGUUCGUCAAAUUUCUGCCCUGCUAGAGCUGCAAUGUCCACUGUAAGUGCUGUUAUUGUGAAGUGGAAACGUCUAGGAGUAACAACGGCUCAGCCGCGAAGUGGUAGGCCACGCAAGCUUACAGAACAGGACCACCGAGUGCUGAAGCGAGUAAAAAUCGUAUGUCAUCCGCUGCAACACUCACUACCAAGUUCCAAACUGCCUCUGGAAGCAACGUCAGCUCAAGAAGUGUUUGUCGGGAGCUUCAUUAAAUGGGUUUCAUGGCCGAGCAGCCGCACACAAGCCUAAGAUCACCAUGCACAAUGCCAUGCGGCUGCUGGAGUGGUAUAAAGCUCGCCGCCAUUGGACUCUGGAGCAGUGGAAACACGUUCCCUGACGUGAUGAAUCACGCUUCACCAUCUGGCAGUCCGACUGACCAAUCUGGGUUUGGCGGAUGCCAGUAUAACCCUACCUGCCCGAAUGCAUAGUGCCAACUGUAAAGUUUGGUGGAGGAGGAAUAAUGGUCUGCGGCUGUUUUUCAUGGUUCAGGCUAGGCCUCUUAGUUCUAGUGAAGGGAAAUCUUAAUGGUACAGCAUACAAUGACAUUCUAGACGAUUCUGUGCUUCCAACUUUGUGGCAACAGUUUUGGGAAGGCCCUUUUCUUUUUCAGCAUGACAUUGUCACUGUGCAUAAAGCGAGGUCCAUACAGAAAUGGUUUGUAGAGAUCUGUGUGGAAGAACCUGACUGGCCUGCACAGAGUCCUGACCUAGACCCCAUCGAAUACCGUUGGAAUGAAUUAGAACUACGACUGAACCAGGCCUAAUCGCCCAACAUAAGUGCCCGACCUUACUAAUGCUCUUGUGGAUGAAUGGAAGCAAGUCCCUGCAACAAUGUUUCAACAUCUAGUAGAAAGCCUUCCUAGAAGCAUGGAGGCUGUUAUAGCAGCAAAGGGGGGACCAACUCCAUAUUAAUGCCCAAGACUUUUAGUUGUUUGACGAGCAGGCCAUGUAGUGUAUCUGUGAGUUAAUUCAUGUUGUCCUCAAAUCAAGGACACCCAGUCUUUCUGAGUGAAGACCACUAGCCCCAUUUGUCAGCCAGCUUUCCUCAACAGCUUUAUGAAAAGUAUUGAACCAUGGGCGAUGCAUUAGGAUGAACCGAGUUACAAAGAUGAACACUGCAGAACAAGGGACAGACAGAUUAGCUACAAAGUCAUAAUCUGAACAAGUGAAUCAAAUAGACAUUGUUGUUAUCUUGAUUUCUAACCCUUUCACCCCCAAGUGCUUUGCCUGUGUAAAUCUGACAAUAGAAAGUGUUGAUUUAAAAAAUUAGAUGUUGAAAGAGGUGAUCCACCUUGUAAUCGGAGGUUGUGGUCCAUCCUGGCUGCUAUAUGGCUGUCUGUAUGUCCUUAGUUUGGUUUACAAGGCUCUAAUUGUUUCUUAUGAAUGUUACUGGAAGGGAUCCUUAAAAAAUCUUAUGGUAUUUGUGAUUGCAGCACACACCCUAUCCUUUCUGUCAAUGUCCGCAAGACUGCAGUAAGAUUAAUUGACGGUGUCUCUGGAAGCAGACAGCUCUUAAAUCAGGAGUUUCAUCUUGGUUUGUUAUAGGUGGAACAACUGUUGAGAGUUUCUCUUCAAGACAAGUUUGCCACUGGAACUGGAGCAAGUACAGCCCAUUUAAGCUUUUUAUUUAGUUUUUAAUACAUGUGCUGUCUAUAUUCUCACAUGCAUUGCAAUACGCCAGCCUUUUUUUACGGCACAUUUAUUUACACACUAACAUCAUUUUAACCAUUGCUCACUCUGAAACUCUCCUGUAUAUGGAAGGUUGUCCAAUUCUACAAGUAUAAAUAUGGGCAAGUUUCAUAGACCUACAUUAAGGCCACUCUUGGACUAAAGUUUUGAUUAAGGUUAUGAUGAGAUGGCUAAACUUAAUUUUAAGAGGCUUGCAUCACCUGUAUUUAAUCCAUAGUUAACUAUGUUCUUGAAAUCACAUUUAAAGGUUGUGAUUAUUAACAGAUAAUUUGUCCAACUCCUGCAAUCAUUUAAUCUUGGUCUGUGAAACUGUUCCUACAUGUGUUAAAGAGUAUAAGUACUGUGCGUCUGGGUUACAAGUGUAGACACAUUGAGUUUAGGUAUGACCCUGAGAGAAGUAUCUGACAGGAUUUGCAGAACUAGAUUGCCGAUAUUCCAUGCAUGCAUUAUCAGAGUUUAAGGAACUGUGGUGUGCGUUGAAGUGAUCUUUUGAUAUGUAUGUAUUCGUUGCAUACUGUUUGUAUUGCUGCCUGCUACAAAGGUGUGUGUAUACAGUCCUCUAGUUAAGAGUGGUCUUAGUGGUUGUUCCUCAUGCUGUCCAUGUCUACCCAGAAAGGUAAAUGAAAUUAUUGUAAUGUGUGUACUGAAAACAUGAAAAUAGUUGUCAUUUUA